AUGCCUCCAAGGAAUCAGUGGACAUCAAAGACAAUAUUAUGUGCUGUGUUAUUAGUGACUAUGGCGGUAGGAGUGUUAACGUUGAGUGGGCCUAAUGUCUGCAUGGUUCAACAGAAGUAUAACAUAACAAAACGUGUAAAGUACCGUGCUCCGAUGUCCAUCAGAACGUACGAGUGGUGCUUCUCAAUGCCGCCGAGGUGCUCCAAGUGGAGUACUGAGAUGCGAGAUCUUACCAGACUAGAGACAGAAGAACGUAUUGCGGAAGUAGCAGUAUGCUGUCCAGGAUACAAAAUGAAAGAUGUGUCCUGCGUGGCUAUCUGCCCGAAUGGAAAGACUGGUCAUGGCUGUUUAGAAGACUGUCCCCCAAACAAAUGGGGACCAAAUUGUGUAAAUGAAUGCGGUGAAUGUAUUAAUGGUUAUUGCUUGCCAACUACUGGUGAAUGCGACUGCGAGGACGGAUGGCAAGGUGAGAGUUGUAAAGUCAGCAUGCCUACAACGCAACCCCCACCUGCUUUGAUGGAAGAGCUACUAACAACUACAAAGUCUUCUAUUAGAACUGCCCCAAGUACUAUAUCCACUAUCCCAACUGUAAAAACAAAAUCAUUUAUGUCUCCUAUCCCCUCCCUAAUCUCAACACCAACAAGUAAAACAACAUUGCCAACAAAGAUGACUUUAAGUACAACCAAAAAGACUGAAACAACAUCAAAAUUAUCAACAUUAUUAGAUACAAAGUCUACCUCAGUACCUUUAUACAAUGAUAUUUCACUUACAACUACAACACCAAUAUGGGUCGAAACCAAGACAACCAUUGAAUUACCCAAAAUAACUAAAGCUAAUUACAUCUAUAAUAGAACAGAAACUCCAAUAGAAGGUACGUCAGUUAAACUUAUUAGUAAGCAUGACAGUUCACCACAGAUGAAAAUUCCAAUAACUGCUAAACCCCAAAAAAUCCCAUUUCGUUUGAAUUCAACUUUUAGUUCUCAUGUUACUGAAACUACUGUCUUCUCAUCUAUAACUAUGACAAGAUCUCCAAUAAUAACUUCAAUUUCUACAACAACUACACCUCCUGUGACUUCUACUUCUAAUACGACUACUAUUUCUAUGACUACUGCUAUUAAUUCCUUAAUAAAUACUUCCUUUAUCGUACAUACCACUACUACCACACCUCCCACUACGUUACCUAGUACUUCUAUAACAACUUCUCCCAUACCGCCUUCUACGCCUUUUACAAUCCCUUUGAAAAUUCCUUCUAAGACCUCUACUACAAUACCUUUUACAACACCCGCUACAGUUUCCUCCACACCUACUACAACCACUUUUAUAUCUACUUCUACAAUCCAGGACACUACCACUUUAUCUACCUUUUCACCUCCUAGCAUUAAUAUUCCCAUUGCAACAACCAAUAAGAAACCGAUUACCACUACUAUUUCAACAACGACCCAUUCUAAAACUAGUAUUAUUCCCACAAAUCCUAGUACUUCUACUUCCAAAAUAACUGUAAUUAUGGAUAAGGAAGUAACUGAAAAAGAUAUGACAUUGGAAUACACAAGAAAACCUGAGAUCUUAACUAAAACCCAAAGUACUACGGUCAAAUUUAAACCAAAAGAAAUUUGGAUAAGACCAACCCAAAAAGGUGAAUCAACUUUUGAAAGCAAAUUCAAAAAUAUACAUGAUCUGCAUAACAAACAUAAGACUGUAACAAAUAAAAAUGAGGCAGUUACAGAAAAUACUACACCAAAAACAAUUAUAGUUUCUAUUAUACCGACAUCUGUAUCCCACGCGACAUUCAAAAAGAUAGCAUUAACGACUGCAUCGUAUGUGUAUCAGAAAAAAAAUGUAACAUUUAAAUUGCCCAGCAAAAUAGAUCAAGGUUUUACUAAAUCUAUGACAUCACAAGUAUCUACUGCUAUACCAUUUACUAUAAAAAUUUUAUCUACCCUCAAAACAAAAAGUUUGGGCACCUCCAAAACCACAACUCAACUGUCACAAGAUACAACCCGAAUGUUCACUCCUACUUCGAGGAAAGCAUUGUUGCAUACAACUGUGCCUGAUAAACAAACUUCUAAAGUACUAAAUACAACUAUUGCAACGAGUAGAACAACUAAUAGCAUGAGCACGUUGAAUGACGUUACAAAUCUGAACUCUUCUAUUUUAACAAUUAAGCCUCCAACUAACAAAGAUAAACCUAUAACGAAAAUAUUUGAAAUAACAACGAUAUCAAAUAAAAAACUACAGCCGCCAUUAGUGAAAGAUGAAGCUAUUAAUAAAACAAUUAAAGUAAAUAUAACACGAUCAAAAGCGAAACUGCAAGAGAUUGCCAUAAAAAUACUUACUGAGAAAGCUAAUUCUAAAAACAUAACAAAGGUAUAUAACAAAGUUACAACCCAAGAGCCAGAAGAUGAAACCUUUCAUAUUUUAACAGAACCUGAACAUAUAACAGCAGUGAUGAGUGAGAAAGAUAGGGAUCACACGUCGAUGGAUCUCAUAUCAGUUAUAAGUAUAGCUGGUGGUGUGAUGAUGACUGUCAUAACAGUCGCAAUUGUUAUAGUGAUGAUAGAGAGGUGCAAACGACCGAGAUACGAUGAUGUGAGGAAAAUGAAUGAUAUAAGAAUGCAAGUAAUGAUCGAUAAUAGUGAUGUCCCACCUCCGUAUGUGAGAAGCAUAUUUCAUGCGCCUCUGCCAGAUCCUCCACAUUCAGAUAGAUGCCACUAUCAACCGAUAUCGACUUUAGACAGAAACUUAAAACAAUUCAUGAGGCCAGUGGUCGUGCAAAGUAUUUCUCCGGUCAUGCUAGAAAAUUUUAGAGGUAUCCUAGAAUGUCACUACGAUCACUUACCAAGAAGAAAUCACGAUUUCGGAACGAUGCCAGCACGCGGCCCUAUAUCUAUGAAACCUGAGGAACGGCGCCCUCUAUCCGUCACAGAUUACACUAUCGAAGCAUUAAAAUGUGAAGCCAAACUCGAUGUAAUAGAUAGUACUACUUCUGAACCCUUAUAUGCAGAAAUCCCUUGUUGGAGACCGCCAUCUGAACACGCCAUUGCCGUUGUAAACCUAAACGAUACUGACAUUAUGCAUAUAAUUAUAAUCGCUUUGGUGCUGUGCAGCGCCUAUGCGAUUGAUGACACCCAAUACGUUAACGUGAAAUCUGUGAAAGGUGGCCAUAGGGGUGGGUACAAUUACAACCCUGCUAACUACCCCAGCUUUGGCGGUUACAACUUGCAUCAAAACGCGACACAGCAGGGCUACGGGUCCUACAACGCAUCUCAACAUGGAUACGGUGCGCAGAAUACAUCAAAACGUAUAGAUUAUGAAGUAGGAGUCUGCUAUGUCGAAGUACCAACAGUAAGCUUGGUGCGUAAUCCCUCUCAAAUACCUGCUGGCAACGGUUCAAGACCAGAUUUAAGCCGAAUCAGAACUUGCUGCACAGGGUACAUAAGAAACAUCCAUAAUUUCAAGAUAUGUGAUCCAGUUUGCUCUCAAGAGUGUGUAAACGCUCUAUGUAGUGCUCCAGAGACAUGCACGUGUUUCCCUGACCACGUGAAGAACUUGGCUGGUUUUUGCGUGCCUACUUGUCCUAUUGGAUGUCAAAAUGGUCAUUGCAGUGGUGGUGAAUGCUUGUGCAAAGAAGGUUAUAAGCUAGACAGCGACAGCAAAUACUGUAUGCCCAAUUGCAAGGAAAACUGUGGUGGCUUAGGCAACUGCACAGAUUCUAACACUUGCCAAUGUAAAACUGGCUAUCAAUCUACACCAGAUGGAAAUUGUAAGCCUGUGUGUGACAGAUGCAAUAAUGGAGACUGCGUAGCACCAAAUGACUGCCGAUGUAAAGUAGGCUUUAACAAGAAUUUACAAGGACAAUGUGAACCACAGUGUCCUCAAGGUUGUGCACCGAGUGGACGGUGUAUUGCACCAAAUGUUUGUGACAACCCAACACCAACAAGGGCACACACAUAUCCUGCUUCUCCACCUCCAGUCUAUCCACCUUACCAAACACGUCCUAUGUAUCCUGGUAAUGACAUGCACAAUGGAAAACCUACAAAUACAGGAGAUAAAAUAUAUCCCGGUAACCAAAAUCCAGGUCAAAACAUAUAUACUCAAGACAUACCUACAAAUCCAAUGUACCCUGGAAACCAAGUUUAUCCAGGAAAUCAAGGCAAUCCAGGAUAUCAAGGUUAUCCAGGCAAUCAAAAUUAUCCUGGUAAUCAAGUCAAUCCCGCCAAUCCAGUUAAUCCUGGAAACCAAGUUUAUCCUGGAAACAAAGUUUACCCUGGAAACCAGGUAUAUCCAGGGAAUCAAGUUUACCCGGGUAACCAAAUUUACCCAGGAAAUCAAAUUAAUCCGGGCAGUCAAGUUACUCCCCAAAACCAAAGCUCAUAUGGAAGUCAAGUAAACCAAACCGGUUAUCAAAAUCAGUACGGGUCUCAAGAUCAAAGUGGAUAUCACAGAUUCCAUGGGCAGACUAUUAACCAACUGUAUCCAGACAUUCAACAAGCCGAACUCUUACAAUGUGCUCAACCUUGCAUCAAUGGUGUUUGCGAAGAUGGAAUUAGGUGUCGUUGUAAUCCAGGUUAUAUAUUGGAUGCUAGCGAUCCAACUGAGUCCAGGUGUCUUCCUUAUUGUCCUGGAGGCUGCCCCAACGGGAUCUGUUCAGCACCCCAUUUCUGCAUCUGCAAUGUUGGCUAUUACAAGGACACUAGUGUGAAGGGACGACCCUCAUGUAUCAAACGCAUACGACGAUCAAUUGACACACCAACCAAUAUCGCUGAUAUUUUAAUUUUUGAUAUACCCAAUGACUAU